AUGCCAUUAAGGUUGCUGUGCAACGAUAGAGGUCAUCAGAUGCAACACAGUGAAAACGAAUUCAACGACUACAGUGCCUAUGGGAGUCGAUUACACCAUGUUCAGCACCUUAUUGCACCAUUGCGUUGCGGACCUACGCACUCCGGUUUGAGUGCCUACACAAAAACCGUAAAACUGGAUGGAUCAAAGCCAAUGCGUGUUUGCCGCAAAUGUCAAGACGAAUUGAACAGCAACAACACCAGCGGGUGCCGAUUGGAGAUUUCACCAGGCUCCCCAAAGUAUUGGACCCCGGAAUGUGAAAGGACACUCACACCCUUCCUAGGAAAAAUUUUUGGCACAAUACAAGAGGGAAUUGAUUUCUACAAGUACUACGCAGGGGUGGCAGGUUUUGAUGUGAGACAAAGGACAGUAAGGAAAAAUAGGGAAGGUGAUAUUACACUACAAUAUUUGGUAUGCAGCCGCGAAGGGUAUAAGAAUGUUGAGAAACAAGCAACAAUCAUCGUGAAUGACGGAAAACAUAGCCCACCACGUGAAAAGAAACGCAGGAUAACAAAUAGGGUUGGGUGCAAGGCAAGAAUGGUGAUGAAAAGGAAUUUGAAGGGAGAGUUUAUAGUCUCCAUUCUUGAUGAGCGACACAACCACUACUUAUGUUCAGAGACGUCAAAACAAUUCUUGAAGGUCAAUCGCAAGUUAGAUAUAGGACACCAAACAUUCAUAGCUAAUUGCGUGAAGGCCAAUAUUGGACCCAUCAAGUCCUAUAGACUAUACAAAGAGAUGGUAGGGAAUUACUCAGCUGUGGGAGCAACAAUUGUUGAUUUCCACAAUUUCAAGCGAGACUUACAAGCAUACCUAAAGGGGCACGAUGCACAACUACUCAUAGACAAAUUCUUCAAGAAGAGAGAGGUAUGCCCGGCAUUCUAUUCUGAUUAUGAUAUUGAUGAACAGCAACACUUAAACCGUGUAUUCUGGGCGGACCCAACGGCACGACGUAAUUACGCUUACUUUGGGGACGUAGUCUCCUUCGAUGCUACAUACAGUACGAACAGGUACAAGUUAGUGUUCGUCCCAUUCACUGGAGUGGAUAACCACAAGCGAUGCAUUACAUUUGCAGCCGGGUUGAUAGCAAAGGAAAACAAAGAAUCAUACGAGUGGCUAUUAGAUAAUUUUAACAAAGCAAUGGGCCAUGCACCAAACUACAUCAUAACAGACCAAGACCCGGCGAUUAGGGUCAUACUCGGGAAGGUAUUUCCAGCCACGCGCCACCGUUUUUGCAUGUGGCAUAUAAUGGCAAAACUGGGGGAGAAGGCAGGGCCUGUUCUAGCAAAGGAUGACGUCUUCCGUAGGAAAUUAAAUGCAAUUGUUUGGAAUGAGAUGAUCAACAUAGAUGAAUUUGAAGAGAAGUGGAAGGGUCUAAUGGAGGACUACGGGUUAGUGGAGUCAACCUGGUUUCAAGAAAUGUUUGAGUUGCGCUCAUUUUGGAUCCCCGCCUAUUUUAGGGACAUGGAUAUGGGUGGAUUAAUACGGACCACGUCCCGUUCAAAAGGAGAAAACAGUAUGUUUGGACGAUUCUUCAGCAACCACUCAACCUUAGUUGAGUUCUUAAUGCAUUUCGAGAGUGCACUCGAUGCACAACGAUAUGAAGAAGCUGAAUUGAACGCAGCAUGUGAAGGCCACUUCGCCAAGUUCAAAACCCCUCUACUGCUAGAGCGUCAUGCUGCUUCAGAAUACACAGUAUCUAUAUUUCACGAGGUACAAACCGAGAUUGAGAAAAGUUGUUUUUCAUGCAGUGUGAUUUCUAUAGCGAAAAAUGGGCAAACAGAUUCCUAUGAGAUUAAAGGAGAUGAUGACACCGUAUUAUGUGUUACCCACAAUCCUAAUGAUGAGACUAUAAGCUGUACCUGCAGGAUGUUUACGCGUGUUGGGUUAUUAUGCCGCCAUAUAUUCCUCAUUUUCAAAGACUGCCGAAUAGAUCGCAUUCCCGCCCAGUACAUAGUGCCCCGGUGGACAAGAAAAGCCUGCAUCCGUCCAAUAUCAAGCAUGGAUAAUAUAGACACAGAACAAAACUCAAUAGAGGACAACUCCCAAACUAUCAGAAAUCAAAUGUGGAGAGAAAUACACUCAUGCGUGGGGUUAGUCAGUGGGGACAACAAGAAAAUGGAAGCACUCACACGCCUGCUCCGGGAGCACAAGCAAGCUUUAAUAUUAGACCAUGGCCCAACCGAGCGAAGCAGGAGAAAUAUAAAAAUCAUUGAGGAGCUGUGCGGGACAGUAACACAGACAGAUGUGUACAUCCGACCCCCUAUUGUGGCAAAAACCAAGGGCAUUGGCAAAAGGAUAAAAAGCAAACGGGAGAUAGCAAUAGAAGCGGGAGCGAAACGAGCACACCGCUGUCACAAAUGUGACAAAUAUGGACACCAUGAUAGCCGUAACUGCACAAAUGUGACAUGA